CCCCACGCAGAUGGUUCGCUCCGCUGUGGCGCAUAUAUAUACAGUAUAGCCCUGUCAGGAGACGGUCCCCUUCAAGCCGUCGAGCAGCUUCUCUCGGGGGGCGGCACGGUGGAGGGUGGGAAGCGGAGCCUUGGUCGGCGGGGUCCCACUCGCCACUCUGCCUUCCUCCUCCUUCCCGCCCCCCUUUGGCGUGUGGGGUUGGGUCAUGUCUACGGGAUCCCUGAGUGACACCGAGGAGCUGCCGGAGAUGGACCUGAGGGGGCUACAGCUCGACUACCCGGGGCCGCCCCGCUCCAAGCGGCGUCCCCGAGGCGAGCCCUGCCCUUCGGCGGGAAACUCCUCAGCCGCGGAAGAGGAGGAGGAGGAAGACGACGACGACGAGGAAGACGCGGAGACGAGCUGUGGCGGCAAGAAGAAGCGAGCCAAGUGCGCGUCUGCGGCGGGAGAAAGCAACGGCGGCGGCAGCGGGAAGCGCCCUCCGGCGUCGGGCCGCGGCGGCCCGGUAGCGGCCGAGUGCAAGCAAACGCAGCGCAACGCGGCCAACGCGCGCGAGCGAGCCCGCAUGCGCGUGCUGAGCAAGGCGUUCUCGCGCCUCAAGACCAGCCUGCCCUGGGUGCCCCCGGACACGAAGCUCUCCAAGCUGGACACGCUGCGCCUCGCCUCCAGCUACAUCGCCCACCUCCGGCAGCUGCUGCAAGAAGACCGCUACGAGAAGGGCUACGUGCACCCCGUCAACCUGACCUGGCCAUUUGUGGUUUCAGGAAGACCAGAAAGUGAUACCAAAGAGGUUUCAACAACCAACAGAUUAUGUGGAACUACAGCUUAGUUAAAGUAAGCGAUACUCUUGCUGGAUAUGCUUACAAAGCACCCUGACUUGUAUGGACCAAAACAAACUGAUGCAAAGAAAUCAAGUCUGCUCAGUGUUUAAGCCCUCUCCUUGUUCAUUUCGAAGGGAAAAUGCACUUAAAAAUAUAAUGAAGAAGGAAAGAGGGAGUUUGCUGAAUAUUCUGCUUCAGCUAAACUGGCGGGUUUGGGAAAGUAUUUUUCUGCAUCCUUACCUGAAGAAACUGUUCCAAAGCCUUUUUGACUAACUGAAGAUAUACAGGAGGACAGCUCUACUAGCAUUAACAGCAUGGACCAAAAAUAUAGAUUGUACAAGCUAAUCC